CGUACAUUGAAUUUAGCUGAUGUGGCAACUAAUAAAAAUUAGGGAUUUGAAUUAAAUUUUAAAUUAAAUUAAAAGGGGAGAAGGAAAGUUUCCUAUGCUCUCCCUCUUUCGAAACCUCCCUUUGUUGGCGAAACCCAGCCCUGUCCCCAUCCCCGUUGACCACCACAGACCUAGAUCCAGUCCAGUCACCGCGAAACCCAGCCUCGUCCCCUCUCGUGACCAGCGCGAACGCCGCCUUCUUCCCUCGUCAUGGCGAGCGUGGUCUGAUCGUGUUAUCCCAGGCCGGAUCUUUGGCGAAGUAGACAACGUAGCUUUGGCGAAGAAGACAACAUCUUUGGCGAAGUACAUCGGGACCAUGUCUGCGAGGGACAGUUCUUCAUCUUCGGCCAACACGUAUCACGAUUCAAGACCCAUAUGCCAAGAUUGUCCAUGUACUUUACAAGUUUCUGGUACCGAUAAGAACCCGGGAAGAAAGUUCUACUGUUGCCGAUACUGGAAGGAUUCGAAUGCAAAGUGCAAGUUCUUCGUGUGGGUUGAUGAGUACAAGCCCAAAGUUUGGAAGGAAUCAGAAGAUGAGUUGAAGAACAAACUAAUCGAAAUGGAUGAGAGCUGUAGGGUUGCUAGAAUGGAGGCAGAAAGAAGGAGAAAUGCUAAAAAUUUGCUAUUAGAAGAGUUGAUCAGUACUAAGGAGGAUCACGCAAGAAUGGAAACCGAGCUGAGAAACUUGCUCAAUGUGUUUGCUGUUCUUGAUAGCAGGAUUAAGAAUGUGAUGUUCUGUUUUGUAGUUGUUAUGGCU